AGAAUAUUUGAAGAAAUAAUAACUAAAAACUUUCCAAAUUUGAUGAAAAAUAUUGACUUACAUGUUGUCAGAACUCAGCAAACUCCAAACAGAAUAAACUCAGAGAUCCAUACCUAAACACAUCAUAAUCAAACUGUAGAAAGACAAAAACAAAAUAUUGAAAGCAACCCAACACAUACAAGGGACCCUCAGUAAGUUAAUGGCUGAUUUCUCAUUAGAAACCUUGGACUUCAGAAGGCAGUGGGAUGACAGUCAAAAUGCUGAAAGAAAAGAACUGUCAACCAAAAUAUCUAUGUCCAGCAAAAUUAUUCUCUAAAAGUAAAGACACUACAUCAAACAAAAAGCUUCUACAUAGCAAAGGAAACUAUCAACAAAAUGAAAAGAAUGAUGGCUGUUUUGGUACUUCAGGAGGAAUUCGUUCUUUUCAGCUUCACAACUGGAAACAGAAAGUUAGUCAGCCUAAGAAAGCAGAAUUCAUACGCACAGCAGAAAAAUUAAAAAAUCUAGUUACUAACAUAGAAAAAGAUAAACACAGUCAUUUCUACAACCAAAAAAGUGACUUCAGAAUUGAGCAUAGUAUGCUGGAAGAAUUGGAAAAUAAAUUGAUUAACAGCAGGAAAACAGAAAGAUCAAAAAUCCAGACACAAUUGGCCAAAAUACAUAAUAAUGUAAAGAAACUUCAGCAUCAGUUAAAAGAUGUGAAGCCUACACCUAGUUUUGUUGAAAAGCUCAGAGAAAUGAUGGAAGAAAUCGAAAAUGCAAUUAACACUUUUAAGGAGGAGCAGAGAUUGAUAUAUGAAGAGCUUAUUAAAGAAGAGAAAAUAACUAAUAAUGAGUUGAGUGCCAUAUCAAGGAAGAUUGACACAUGGGCUUUGGGUAGUUCAGAAACAGAGAAAGCUUUCAGAGUGAUGUCAGGCAAAGUUCCUGUAGACAAAGUAGCACCAAAUACUCUUCCAGAAGAAGUUGUGGAUUUUGAAAAAUUCCUUCAGCAAACAGGAGGGCGACAAGGGGGCUGGGAUGAUUAUGAUCACCAGAACUUUGUAAAAGUGAGAAACAAACAUAAAGGCAAGCCAACAUUUAUGGGAGAAGUUCUAGAACAUCUUCCUGGAAGAAAACAGGAUGAAGUUGAACAGCAUGAGAAAUGGUAUCAAAAGUUUCUGGCCCUAGAAGAAAGGAAAAAAGAGUCUAUUCAGAAUUGGAAAACUAAAAAGUUUCAAAAAAAAGAGGAAAUUUUCAAGGAAAAGGCAGAGGACAUAUCUAUGCUUUCCCAUAACAAACAAGAAGUUAAUCAAAAGCAAAAAGAGGAACAAAGAAAGCAGCAGAAAUUGGCAGUGGAAGCUUGGAAAAAACAGAAAAGUAUAGAAAUGUCAAUGAAAUAUGCUUCCCAGUUAAAAGAAGAGGAAGAGAAAGAGAAAAGGCAGCAGAAAGAGCGCCAACGCCAGUUUAAACUAAAAUUACUACUAGAAAACUACACCCAGCAGAAGAAAGAACAGGAAGAAUUUUUAAGACUUGAAAAGGAGAUAAGGGAAAAGACAGAAAAGGCAGAAAAAAGGAAAACUGUUGCUGAUGAAAUUUCCAGAUUUCAAGAAAGAGAUUUACGUAAACUUGAACUGAAAAUUCUUGAUAGACAGUCAAAAGAAGAUGAAAAGGCAGAAAAACAAAGAAGACUGGCAAAAUUAAAAAAAAAGGUUGAAAACAAUGUUAGCAGAGAUCCUUCUAGGCUUUACAAACCUACCAAAGGUUGGGAAGAACGGACCAAAAACUUAGGACCAACAGGCUCUGGGCCACUUCUACAUAUCCCACAUAGGGCUAUUCCAACCUGGAGACAAGGAGUUUAGAAAAGAAUAUGAGAUAAUGAAACUGGUAUUCAGUUGAUGGGAAUGUUAGCAUAUUCAGCUUGACUAGAACAGAGUGAUUAACCACAUGUGUUUUUAAAUAUCACUAGCUUAGACAGACUGAUUAUGGUGUUGUAUGUGAAUUGACAGAUGUUAAGUUCCAAGUAGUAUUGUCAUUAGUAUUUCCUGUUUAUAGCAAGAGGGUAUGUAAUGUGUAUGUUGGUCUAUUAUUAUGUAAAAGUUUUUUGAAUAAGUUUAUGUUACAAAUACUAUUUCAUUUAAAUACUCAGAACAUUUCAAAGAUACUUUGUUUUUGGCAUGGCACAGCAAAAUAAGUUGGGUCAAUCACAGAAUGACAUUUCAAACCAAAAUUUUGUAACAUUUAUAUUUUGGAGGUAAGUUAGCUUGAGUAACAAAAGUGUAAAGUUUUUUUUGGUUUGAAUUUUGAAAUAAGUUAGUACUUUUUCUAAUUUAACAAACUGGUAGUUUAUCAGUUACUACAUUUUUAUGUAAUAAAUAUUUUGUAUUUGUUCAAAGCAUGCUUUGUUUUAUAUAAAGUAUUUAUAUUAAAAAUAUGC